UCACAUGAAGUAGUUGGCGCGAAAAUAAGUUAAAGGCCUUUAAAAAAUAUCGACGAGAUUUUGUUGUUGAUCGAUUCUAGGCUGUACAUUUCUUGUGAAAAUGGACGUUGCUGAUCAGAGAACAGGUAGUAUUAAGGUUAAAGAUGAUGUAGGAGAAAAGUGCCAAAAACUGUUUCAAGAUUUUUUGGAGGAGUACACGGUUGAUGGUGACCUUAAAUAUCAGCAGGAUGUUGAGGAGUUGAUUCGUCCGGAACGCAACACGUUGACUGUUAGUUAUGAUGAUAUCCAAUGUUAUAACCAACAGCUGGCUACAACCAUACAGGAAGAAUACUACAGGGUCUACCCAUAUCUAUGUAGAGCAGUGCGAAACUUUGCAAAAGACAGAAGUCAGAUACCACCAACCAAGGAAUUCUAUGUUGCCUUUGAAGAUGUACCUACAAGACACAAAGUACGAGAAUUGACAACGGUGAAGAUCGGUACAUUGACAAGAAUCAGCGGGCAAGUGGUACGCACGCAUCCUGUUCACCCGGAGCUGGUUGCUGGCACAUUCAUUUGCAUGGACUGUCAGGUGGUCAUCAAAGGCAUUGAACAACAAUUCAAAUUCACACAGCCAACCAUCUGUCCAAAUCCAGUUUGUGCCAAUAGAACCAGAUUUCAGCUCGAUACAAACAAGUCACGGUUCGUAGAUUUCCAGAAGGUGCGCAUUCAAGAGACACAAGCAGAGCUCCCUCGUGGAAGUAUUCCUAGAAGUGUGGACAUUGUGUUGAGAGCAGAAGCUGUGGAGUUGCCACAAGCUGGUGACAAAUGCGAUUUCACUGGAACGUUGAUCGUAGUGCCAGACGUCUCGCAAUUAUCAGUUCCUGGUGCUCAAGCAGAAAAGGCUUCCCGAGGCAAAGGCACCGAGGGACAUGAUCACGAAGGGGUACGCGGAUUAAAAGCAUUAGGAGUACGUGACUUAUCAUACCGCCUUGCCUUCUUGGCCUGUAAUGUCACUGCAUCCAAUCCAAGGUUUGGUGGGAAACAGCUUCAUGGCGAUGAGUUGUCAGCAGAGAGCAUUAAGAAACAGAUGACUGAUCAGGAAUGGCAGAAAGUGUAUGAAAUGAGCCAAGACAAAAGUCUCUAUAGUCAUCUGAUAUCAAGUCUCUUCCCAACGGUACAUGGUAAGUGAAGGAUACGUUCUGUUUUGAUCACUGAUGUUGGUUCUGUCAUGGCAAGCCCUACACUUUGUCAAAAGGUUAAUUAAUUAAUUAAAUAAAUGAAAAAUUGUAUAGCUUGAAAACCUCUGUUUUUCUUAUCUAGAGCGGUUGAGGACUUCAGUCCGCGUGCCGUUUACACGAGUGGAAAGGCAAGUACAGCAGCAGGUCUAACAGCUGCUGUUGUUAAAGAUGAAGAGUCGCAUGAGUUUGUCAUUGAGGCUGGGGCCCUUAUGUUGGCUGACAAUGGCGUUUGUUGCAUUGAUGAGUUCGAUAAGAUGGACCUGAAGGAUCAGGUAGCGAUACAUGAAGCCAUGGAACAGCAGACGAUCUCAAUUACAAAAGCUGGUGUCAAGGCAACUUUGAAUGCUCGUACCUCGAUUCUUGCUGCUGCUAAUCCUGUCGGUGGUCGCUAUGACAAAUCCAAACCUCUUCGGCAAAAUAUUCAAAUGAGUGCCCCCAUUAUGUCUAGAUUUGAUCUGUUCUUUGUACUCAUUGAUGAGUGCAAUGAGGUAACGGACUAUGCCAUUGCUCGAAGAAUUGUUGACCUCCAUCAUCACAACAAAGAGUCGGUACAAAGGGUGUAUUCUGUAGAAGACAUUCAGAGGUACAUCAUGUUUGCCAGGCAAUUUAAGCCCAAGAUCAAUAAAGAAUCUCAAGAUUUCAUGGUGGAAGAAUAUCGAAGACUGCGUCAAAGGGACAGCACCGGAACAGCUAUGUCCUCCUGGCGCAUCACCGUACGCCAGUUAGAAAGUAUGAUCCGUUUGUCCGAGGGCAUGGCUCGCAUGCACUGUCAGGAUGAGGUACAACCAAAACAUGUCAAGGAAGCUUUCAGACUGCUUAACAAGUCCAUCAUUCGUGUCGAACAGCCAGUCAUCAACUUCGAGGAUGAGGAAGAAUUGCCCGAACCAGAAUUGGAAAAUGAUGAACAGGAGAGUGUUCCCAUGGAUACUACUACUGAGGAGAAACCAGAAGAGCAGACAGAAAUUCCACAAGCCAAGAAAUCUUUAAGCAUGUCUUAUGAGGAGUAUAAAACAACUUCCAACCUGCUGGUACUUUACAUGAGGCAACAGGAGGAUAAAGAAGAGGAGGGCUUUGAGGGUGUGCGUAAAUCCUCUCUUGUUGAGUGGUACCUGCGGGAACUGGAGGAUGAAAUUGAAAGCGAGGCUGAACUGAUAGAAAGAAAGACGAAAGUGGAGAAGAUCAUUGACAGGCUUAUCCACCACGACCAUGUGAUCAUCGAACUGGAUAAAACCGGAUUGAAACAGAGGAAAGGAGACAGUGAAUCAGAUGAACUGAUCGAUGAGAAGGAUCCCCUACUUGUUGUGCAUCCAAACUUCACUAUCGAUGCCUGAAAGUUGCGCUUCC